AAGGCGCGCGCGCAUAUGGGUGGCGACGAUCGAUCCCGUGUAAGCAAGAGGGUUGGUAUCCCCGCGCGGUCCACUUUACUAUCCCAUUCUGCCACAGAGGAUGGCUCGCACAGCAUUCAUCAAGCUCCCGUUCCACCGGGCACAGACAAACACUUGCUCCCCUCCAUUGACUUGCAAACAUCAGUCUGUGCAGAAUGCUAGCAUGCCGGGUUCGGCGUAUUGGCGGUGGUCGCAAGGGCUUGCCCCGGAUUGGCCCCGGAGGACCCUUACGUACAGAAGUGACUGG